AAUUGUUUCCAACCAACAAGGCAACAACAAACACAUAAUCUUAAACCUGAUCAAACACGUAACACGCAAUGCCGCCGCAGUUGAGGUACGGUUCCGACUCCGACGAACAACCGGCGCAUUCUGCCACCGCGAAAAAGCCGUUCGGUAGAGAGAGGCCUCUUCAUCAGCUCAUAGGGGGCGGAAAAUUGGCGGAUGUCUUGUUAUGGAGAAACAAGAACUUAUCGGCGGGGAUCCUCGCGGCGGCUACGGUAGCAUGGUUUCUUUUCGAGGUGGCGGAGUACCAUGUCCUCACCCUCCUUUGCCAUCUCUCCGUUGCGGCCAUGCUUGUGGUCUUCAUUUGGUCCAAUGGUGCACAUCUUUUUGAAAGGGCUCCCCCGAAAAUCCCCGAAGUCAUCGUAUCCGAGCAUGCCUUCAAAGAAGUUGCAUUUGCCUUCCACGCCAAACUUAAUCGAUUCCUGUCAAUCCUUUAUGAGAUUGCAUGUGGCAAAGAUCUCAAGCUCUUCCUCCUGGCUAUUGUUUCUCUCUGGUUCUUAUCAAUUCUUGGGAGUAGUUGCAGCUUCAUAACCCUUUUAUAUCUUGGAUUUCUUUGCAUUCAUACUUUGCCAGCGCUGUACGAGCGGUACGAGGCGGAAGUCGAUCAUCUGCUGCUGAAGGGGAGUCACGACCUCAAGAAGUUCUACAAGAGGUUCGACUCGAGUGUCCUCAACAAGAUCCCGCGACAACCGAUCAAGGAGAAGAAGCACACUUGAAAAUGUUCAUCGAUCCGGAAUUCCAAGUGCUUAUAUGGAAGAACCACGUACAUGAAACUACAUAUAUUUCCUGCAUGAAAUGCUUAUUAUCAGUUGUUGGCUUGAACUCAAAGGAGGCAUCAAAAUGUUAUAAAUCUCAUGGACUUACAUAACUAAAUAAAGAAAAAUUUAGUAUGUUGUUUGAACAUAAGAAUUUCCUCGAUCAUGACCAAAUAAAUUGGAAAGCAAAUU